AUGUCUACCGACGAGCUCAAAGCACUAUCAUGGCCUUUCCCAAACCCAAAGUACAUUUUCUUCACCGACUUCGACGGCACGAUCACGCUGCAGGACAGCAAUGAUUACAUGGUACGCAAGUUCCAGAAGCCAGGAAGUAUGGACGAGGUUGACCGACAACGACAGACAGACAACUUAGGCUUUGGUGGCGAGAAGCGACGACAGGGCAAUAAAGAUGUCCUCGACAACAAGGAGUCGUUCCGCGAUUCCUUCCGCAAAAUGAUGGACUCGAUCAAAACCCCUUUCCCAGAAUGCGUCGAGUACCUAGUCCAAAACAUCCAGCUCGAUCCCCAUUUCAACGAGUAUUUCCAAUGGUCGCUCAAGAACAACAUCCCAACCGUCGUGCUGUCCGGUGGCAUGUACCCCGUCAUCCGAGCCAUCCUCGACAAUCUCGUCGGCAAGGACGCCGAUAAAAUCGAGAUUGUAUGCAAUGAAGCUAUUGCGAGGGAAGGGAAGAAGAUUGAUGAGGAGGGGGGUUGGCAGAUUAAGUAUCAUGAUGAGAGCGGCUUCGGCCACGACAAGUCUUUGACCAUCCGACCGUACGCAAAUCUGCCAGCGGGAAAACGACCAACACUCUUCUACGCUGGCGACGGCGUCUCAGAUCUCUCGGCAGCCAGCGAAACCGACCUCCUUUUUGCUAAGAAAGGACGAGAUCUCGUCGAAUACUGCGUCAAGAAGGAUGUGCCUUUCACGCUCUUCGAAGACUGGUCUUCGAUCCAUCAGAAGGUGCAGGAGAUCGUGGAAGGCCAGACGACUGUCAAGGAUGCCGCGCACGAGGGCUGGGAGAUGUAUAAGAACGGUCAAGCGGGACUGAAUGGCAAGGCGAAGUAA